AUGUGGGGUUAUGGGGCAGUGGUGACAGUGCGACGCCCCACAGGUUCAGCGCUGGAUGUGGGGCUGGCGAUGCUGGAGGGGAACCAGACGGAGCUGAAGAAACGGGGUUUGGAGAUGGCGGCGCUGCUGGAGACCCUGACGGCCAACCAGAGCUCAAUGAGACUCGAGGUUUCGGGGCAGAUGGUGUCGGUGUGGAAGGAACGAAGCACGACCCGUAACGCGCUGAAUGAACUGCUGCACGGGAUGUGGGUCCGGAACAGCUCCUGGUGCCGGGUCUGCCCCAUUGGCUGGCGUUUCAAUGGGGGCAGCUGUUACCAUGUGGGGAGCGGAUCUGUGGGGUGGGCGCAGGCCCAGGGGAACUGCAGGGACAGUGGGGCACAACUGGUCGUCAUUGGGGACGCAAAGGAGCAGGAGUUCCUGACCUCGUUGGCCCCCCAACAUGAGACGUGGAUCGGGCUCCACGACCGCAGCACGGAGGGAUCCUUCCAAUGGGUGGAUGGCAGCAACCUGAGCUUCAGGAACUGGCGUUGGGGUCAACCCGACGAGGCCGGGGGGGGCGAGGACUGUGUGGCCAUGGACAACAGGGGGAUGUGGGGGGACAGACCCUGCGCUGUCAGCCUGGGGGGGUGGGUGUGCGAGAGGCCAUGGGGCUGCUGA